AGCAGCUGCAAAGAAUGGACACCGUCGACCCACCACUCCAAAACACCUACAACACCCUCUUGAGGAAGAGCUCCAUCAACGGCCACCCGGUCGUCGUUGGUGCCAGUGCCGCCGUGGACGAACGUGAGCUGCCGCUGAUCGAUCUGGCCCGUCUGAGCCAAGGAGAAGCGGAGAGAGAGGAGUGCAAGAGAGAGAUAGCCAGAGCUGCGCGAGAAUGGGGUUUCUUUCAGAUAGUGAACCACGGGAUCUCCGGCGAGAUUCUGAAAAGGAUGAGGACAGAGCAGGAGAAGCUGUUCAAGCAGCCGUUUCGGGUGAAGACGGAGGACAAGGUCCAGAACUUCUCCGCCGGAAGAUACCGGUGGGGCGGGCCGACGGCGACCUGCCUCCAGCAGUUGUCGUGGUUGGAAGCCUUUCAUGUUCCCCUCACCGAUAUUCAUGCUGAUAUUUCGGCUUCCGGUGGCUUCAGCACUCUCAGCUUGAUAAUAGAACAAUUUGCUAUAGUUGCAUCGAAUCUUGCACAAAGAUUAGCAGAAAUACUAGCAGACAAAAUGGGUCAAGAUGGAUCUUUCUUUGAAGAGAAUUGUUCUCCCAAUGCUUGCUACAUAAGAAUGAAUAGAUACCCACCGUGUCCCAUGUCUUCUAAAGUGCAUGGGCUAGUGCCCCACACUGAUAGUGACUUCCUCACUGUGCUAAACCAGGAUCAAAUUGGGGGAUUGCAACUUGUCAAAGAUGGGAAAUGGAUUGCUGUUAAACCAAAUCCCCAAGCCCUUGUUAUCAACAUUGGUGACUUGUUUCAGGCUUGGAGCAAUGGGGUAUAUAAAAGUGUGGAACACAAAGUGGUUGCUAACAAGAAAGUGGAUAGGUUCUCCACAGCAUAUUUCUUCUGCCCUUCUCAUGACACGAUGAUACGGAGUUGCGUUGAGCCUUCGAUCUACAGAAACUUCAGCUUUAGAGAGUACAUGCAACAAGUCCAAGACGAUGUUAAAAAAUUUGGUAACAAAGUUGGGCUUCCCAGGUUCCUCAUUUAACCACCUAGCCACUUCAACCUAUUCCCAAUGAGUUUAUUUGGACUUUUAUAUACUUUCAGUUAGAGUAAUGUUGUAUGUCAUAGAUCUAUGAUCACCAUAAGUCCAAGUGGAAAUAGGGGGGUGGUAGACAUAUGGGACCAUUUGUCCCUCUCCUCCACGCAACUACUACCACAGAGGCCUAUAAUAUCAUGGGCUCAUGAUAAAGAGCAUCUUUCCUUUCAAUAUAUGUAAUAAAGAGGGUGUGUAUGGGUUAUGCAAAUGCAACUUAAUUAGGAAAUAGGAAAAUUUAUGUACAUAAAGAAUGAACUAGCUAGUAUGUUGAAAAGCAUGUUAAAAGCAAGUUAUAUUUUAUGUAUGGAUUUUAAGACUCAAUCUCGAAUUUAUGUGAAUUUGGAAAAAAAAUUCAGUAUAA